CGCAAUUCCUGCACGACUGCCAGGCGGCAUGGAAUUGGACUAUUGAUUCGUGGAGUGAUGCGACCCCAGAAUGCUCCUCUGCCCAAUACAUCACAUGCCACGAGAGUGGGAUGAUUGUGACAAUGUACUUACCGUACCGUGCAUUGGAAGGGCCUAUUCCGACUUCCAUCAGCAACCUGAGAGAGCUCGUUGACCUUAAUCUUGGCCAAAAUCAGCUCUCUGGCUCAAUUCCGACUGAAAUAUUCACCCUUACAAGGCUGACACUUCUCGUACUUUAUAGGAAUCAACUCACAGGCUCGAUUCCUAGUGGGAUUGGCAUGCUUACCAACCUAGCUGAAUGUAGUCUUGCCCAAAACCAGCUCUCUGGCUCAAUUUCGAUUGAAAUAUCCACCCUAACAACACUGAAAUAUCU